AUGGUCGAGGCACUCGGCGGCUCGGACUCGGAGCACUACUCGCGGUUCAUCUCGUACUGCUGCGAGUCGUUCAACAUCUUCCGCAAGUCUGCCCACCUCAUCCUCAACCUCCUCCGCCUCAUGAUCGACGCCAACAUCCCAGACUUGUCGUCACAGCCGGAGCGCGCCCUCCGCCGCGUCGAGCAGAACUUCCGCCUCGACCUCACCGACGAGGAAGCCAUCCAGUACUUCCAGAACCUCAUCGCCGACUCGGUCUCGGCUCUCGCUCCACAGAUUGCUGAAACCUUUCACCGCGUCGCUAUGUACUGGCGCUCGUGA